GGCGAGUUUAUUAUGCAGACGUUGUUUGCUGAGUUCACUGUCCUGGCGGAGAAAAAAAUCAACAAUGUCCUUGAACCUCCUAAUCAGGACAAACCUCUGUCUAAGUUGCUGCAGAGAGGAGAGGAUGCAGUCUUUGAUCAGCUCCUCAGCACACUGUCCAUAGUGGCGGAGAACAGCCUCCCCUCUCUCCUGCAUGCACUGUUUGGCUGGUACGAUCGGCAGAACCCCAUGGACGAGGCAGGGAACUGUCUCUAUAGGAGGAGCAACAAGUGCAAGGGAGAGAAGGAAUAUCUUUGUGAAAAAAGAGAUCUAGCUGUGGACUUCGUUUACUGCCUCGUUCUCAUUGAGAUAUUGAAACAGCUUCCCUACCAUCCGGGACACGACGAACUCAUCAACCACAUCAUCAGUUUGGCAUUCAGACACUUCAAGUAUAGAGAAGGGACUCAGCUGAACAGAAAUGCGCAGAACAUCAACAUCGUGGCCGAUCUCUUUGCUGAGGUCAUUGGAGUACUGGCCAAGUCCAGGUUCCCGGCAGUUCGCAAGAGGUUCACAUUUGAGUUGAAGGAGCUGAGAAGUAAGGAGCAGACGCAGGCCUCCAUUCAUGGCAUCAUCAGUCUGCUCAUGGGCAUGAAGUUCUUCAGGGUGAAGAUGCAUCCGAUUGAAGACUUCCAGUCGUGCAUACAAUUCCUACACGAAUGUGGCACGUACUUCAUAGAGCUGAAGGAGAAGGAGAAGGAGAUCAAACAUGCGUUGGCUGGUCUCUUCGUUGAGAUACUGCUGCCUGUUGCUGCUGUGGCAAAGAAUGAAGUGAAUGUUCCAGUCUUGAAGUUGUUCGUGGAGAUGUUGUACGUACAUACCAUGGAUCUUGCCAUGAAGAAGAGGCAUUCAUUGGCUUUGUUUCCACUGGUGACUUGUUUGCUGUGCGUCAGUCAGAAGCAGUUCUUCCUAACGAACUGGACGACGUUCCUCACUCAGUGCCUCUCUAAGUUGAAGGAGAGGGACAGCACGACCGCCCGUGUCGCACUCGAGUCACUCUACAGAUUACUCUGGGUCUACAUGGUGCGCAUCAAGUGCGAGAGUAACACGACGACAAACAGCCGACUGCAGAGCAUUGUCGGAAGUUUGUUUCCCAAAGGUUCAAGGGUCAUCAUGCCCAGAGAUGCUCCACUCAAUAUUUUCGUCAAGAUCGUUCAGUUUAUUGCUCAGGAGAGGCUGGACUUUGCAAUGAAGGAGAUCAUAUUUGAUCUGCUGGGUGUGGGCAAGAGCACAAAAACCUACUACGCCCCCGAGCGGAUGUGCAUAGGACUUCGAGCGUUCCUCGUCAUAGCAGACGGACUGCAGCAGAAGGAGAUAGAACCUCCGAUGCCGCAGACGAUGGGGGUGCUGCCAUCGGGGGGUACCCUGAGGUCCAAGAAGACCUUCAUCAACAAAUUCCUCACCGAACAGACUGCCAAGAAUAUUGGCCUGCAGGGCUACUACGCACACGUGAGGAAAGCAUUUGAUUCCAUUUUGAAAUUUUUGGACUCUCAAGUCGGCAGGUCCAUGCUACUCAUCAGGUCUGAAAACCUUAACAGGGAAACUGAUAAUCUGCUAAGUGGCGAGAGAAAGCCAAAGAUAGAUUUGUUUCGAACGUGUGUGGCAGCCCUACCUCGCAUUAUCCCCGACGGUAUGUCGCAGUACGAACUCAUCGACAUGAUAUCCAGACUAACAGUACAUAUGGAUGAUGAACUUGGGAAGCUAGCUUUCCAAUCUCUACAAAACAUUUCGCUAGAUCUUCCUGAGUGGAGAUUGGACGUUGUUAAUGGUUUCGUGCACUUCAUUCAACGCGAGGUCACUGAUUCCUUUCCACAGCUGAUCGAACAAUCUGUCAGACGACUCAUCUCACUGCUUACUCAGUGGAAGUCAUCCGCUCAAACUGCUGCUAUUGUCAAGGUUAACAUUAACAGAGAUGUCAUGAACUGUCUGUGUGUGCGUGUGUCCAUGUGUAGUAGGUGCACGUUGCACCUCGUUGAAAGUUUAGCAUUGAUGCUGCUGUGUAGCUGCAAGCCAAUCAUUCGCAAGCUGGCUGUCAUAACGCUGAAGGAGGCGAGGAACCUGUUUGCUUGCUUGGCUCUGCCUAAGGAUUCUGAAAGUUGCGUGUUGGAUGUUAUGGACCGAUCGUGUCCAAUCAUCAUUGAGAAGGUGCUCACUCACUUGCCAGUCCAAGAGAAGAACACGGCUCUUUCCUGCUACCCAGUGGACUUCCAGUGGCUGACAGAACGAACUUCAAUCAUUUGGACAUCUGGGAACAUGUACAAUAACCUGCUUGAAUCUGCAACAACCCACAACAUGAAUUUCAACACUUUAGAUGCCGCCUCCUUGGACCCCUGGCUCCAAUCAAUCGCCAUUUUCAUGCACAGGGAUUAUGUGACCGGAUGUUGUCCAACGGCCGUGCAACUUGCCUGGGUCUUCCUCUACAAUCGAUUCAACACCCUCCUACCGCAGGUCGAUCCUCUCACGAUCCUGAGUGACAGAUCGUCAUCUCUCCUCCGAAGUCGCAAGGCACCGAACGAACGAGAGAUGCACAUUAGCCUCUGGAAGAAUUACGUCAUCAUGGGAUGCUGCAUCGCCAUGAGGAGCCACUGUGUCGAGUUACAUAGAUGCAUUUCUCCCGAUCCAGGGUUAGUUGGAUCAGUUGAUUAUUUGCAGCAAGAAAGGUUCGAUCCGACUACAAUCCGACCGGUCAGCCCUGGCCUGUCUGCUCGCGAGAUGUUCAGGAACCUCAUGACCUACCUGAAGUGCGACAUCGCUGAGAUGAGGGAGACCACUGUCUUUGCCCUAGGGCACAUCAACUACCUGGCUUUCAGAGAUCUUCUCGACGAGUUGCUUCAACUGAUAAAGGAUGCGAUCGACAGAAGGACUGAGAAGUUGAAGGGGAAGAAGAAGAGGGAUGUGCUAAGGUUGUCCUUGGUCCGCAUCUUCCACUACAUGGCUGAAAAUCAUAUAUUCACUCUCUGUUCCCACGAAGUGGUCUCCCAAGUAACAGAUUCCCUGUGCAGCACAUUUGUGGAGUACAUUGAUGGCACGAGGUUCUUACUGGAACAUGAAGCCGAUAAGGAGGGUUCAACUUUGAAUGAGAUUAGAUUGUACUUCAGUAAAUUUAUCCAUAAUCUCAUUAAGAAUACACCAGUUUCGAAGCGUCACAAGUUGUUGUCGCAGGACCUGAGGGCAGGCCUCUGCACGUUGUUUGCUACCUGGUGUGGUAAGUUCGGUCUGCCGCUUGUUGGCGCUGAUAAGAGGUUUGUGCUGUCAUGUCAUUACAGCGAGCUGGAGAUGGCGGCACUGCAGGCCUGUGCAUCGACACUCUGCUGCGGUCCUGUCUACGAUCCCUCCAACCUCAACGAGGGCGGCGACAUCUACGUCUGGCUCAGUAAACUCCUGUCCGUCCACGAUGAGAAGAUCUACAAACUGGUGCAAGAGACGAUUGUGUUGCUGCUUGAGUUCAACUCGGAGGCGCAGACAUUACUGGAGUGGGUGCUGGAUAGGUGCUACACGGGUUCCAGCGAGGUGGCCGAUGGCUGCUUCAAUGCGUUGGCUCUUGUCUUCAAUGCCAGGUCAUACCCUUGCGAGCAGAUGUCCAUGCUGAACGUGACCCUCAUGUGCUGCGGAUCUUCCAGGCCAAACAUCCACAACACGGCCAUUCAGCUACUUCGACUCCUCUACAAGCGCUUCUUUAUGGAUGAUGUCGUCAUCUUGCACACCACUGCAGCUAUCGCAGCGGAAAGGAGGAAUGCUCUGAGGGAAGAGUUGUUUAACGGAUUGAGUAGUUGGUCUCAGCUUCAGAUCUCAAUGAGGUUGGCACUGCUCCAUCCGGAUCUCACCAUGCCCAUGUUCUCUGAAGUGACUCACAGACUGACAUCGGCCCCUCCCUCCAUCUGCCAGAACAUGCUGAACUACAUCAUCCCGUGGUUGCACAACGUUGAACUGGUCGACAUCAGUGCCGCCACAAACUUCCUGACGAAUCCAUCGUCAACUGCAACAACGUACACAACGAAACCACCGCUCUCUGGGGUGGGGUGGGGGUCGGCUGAGGCCACCAAUAUGGUUCUCAACAAUCUCAUGUACAUCACCAUCAAGUUAGGAACAGUUCAUUCAAAAGAGAUUGAGAACUUGUGGUCUGCAUUGGUCGCAUGUUGGCCGGGCAACCUUCCAACCAUCAUAAGGUACCUAAUCAUCAUCGUCGGCAUGUACCCACAAAUCAUUGUCUCAAGUGCGAAAAAGAUUAUAACGUAUCUGGCUAGAACUCGCAAGGACCAUCUGAUCGACGAGCUCAUGAACGAACUGAGGACCAUAGAGCCACUGAACUUCAAUGUAGAGCGAAUAGAAACAGCUCCGUUCUUCAGGCUGACCAAGCGACAGAUCGCAACAUCAGCGAGUGUUGACGACGAUGGCACCAACAAUGUUGAGAGGAACUUGCAACAUCAUCAACAACAGCAUCAACAACAGCCUCAGCAACAUCAUCAACAACAUCUUGGACUCAUACACACAAAGAGACACAGCGCUGAAGACCCAUCCAAGCUCAUCAGUGCUGACCUGUUGGUGCAUUCAAAUAACCAAAUUAUAUUCCUCCACUUCCCAACACCAGAACUGCAAGGAAUUUUCCAGGAUCCAGGCGAUCUGAUGAGGUCCUUGAAUCCGCACCAGCCUCACCCCCUACCGAUGCCUGCUUACGGGGGGUUCUAUGCCCCCCUUUCUAACAUGCUACCCUCGUCCACCCCGCUGCCAAAUCCACCGUAUCAAAGAUGCAACUUGGCGAUGAUGUUGUUGACUGAUUUGCUGAUGGACGGCAUGGUUCCUGUUGACUGGUCCAUGCACACUCCACUAAUCCUCCACAUCAUAUUUCUUGGUCUGGACAACACUCGACCACUGAUUCACGAGAACAGCAAGCAGUUGCUGCUAAAGUUGCUCCUGGCAACCACACAGGUCAAUCCGUUCUAUAUGGCGCGACUGAUCAUCAACAACCAGUCGAUCAACGAACCUACCUACUUGUUCGCCGACAAACAACGAACGUCGUCGUCAUCGUUGUUGUUGUCAUCUUCCUCCUCCCUCAUGUCUUCAGUUGCUGGCUACCGGGAUGUCCUUCCUGGUUCGUCAUUUGACAUAUGGAUGCUAUUUGUUGACAACUUGGUUGUAGAUAACUUUGAUACUCUCCCGCCAAUCACUGUCAUUGAGACAGUCGAUCAAGCCACAAAACUAAUUAUCGAAUUUCUUCUUACGAGAUGCCGUCCACUGUGGAGUUACGAGGACAUAACGUCGAAGAUGCAGCACAUAAAGAGUGUGGAGCACAUUGAACAUCUCCUGCAGUACGUCGUGCUGAUACUGAAGCACGUGCAGAUCCAGGCUCACAUCGAGCAGAGGUGGGCGCAAGAAGCAAUUCACAUGGCUCUCUCCUGCUCUUCUAGACAUUAUGCUGGCAGGUCUUUCCAGAUCUUCCGAUCUCUUCAUAUUCCUCUGACGGCUAACGAUCUUUGCGACGUUCUCUCCCGUCUGGUUGAGACAGUAGCCGAGCAAGGGGAAGACAUGCAGGGUUACGUGACGGAAAUAAUGUUGACCUUGGAGUCGGCGGUGGACCACCUCGAUGACGACCUCUGCCAGACUCUCAAGGACGUUUGUUUAUCAACACCCAAUCUGGACAAGAUCACAUCCUCCAAGUUGAACCUGAACCUCAAAAACUUGAGUUCGCUUCGACAGCAGCAGCAGCAACAACAACAAUCACAACAACAGCAACAACAAUCGCACCAACAGCAACAACAACAAUCACAACCACAGCAACCGCUGGCAAGUUUGUUGUAUCGCAACAACAUCAAUAACCCGUCAUCUUCCAUGUCGUCACCAUCGUCAACUUCUCCAUCGACGUCUGCAAACAACAUCAACCUGCUGCGAUCGAAGAGCACCUUAUCACUUAAGCAUGCCACACCUGAUGCUCUACUGCAUGAAGACCGCUUGAAUGUCCUAGCGCAGAUGUUCUGGAUCACAGUUUCACUCAUGGAGUCUGAUUUCGAAUAUGAGUUCCUUAUGGCUGUCAGAUUACUGGAUAAGGUUAUAAAUUACAUGCCUCCCAAUCGUUCUGAAUGCUACGAGAAACUCGACAAGAUCUUGCACGCCAUCUACUGGCACGAUUUUCCAGGGGUGCAUUCACUUCUUCUGAAGGGUCUCACUUCGAACCUCACUCUGGAGCCCACCUGGAACCUUCUAUCCAAACUCACUGACUAUCUGACUGUCAACAUCAUCGAUCCAACUGGAAAAGAUGGUCUGCCGAUGAAUAUCGUCGCCCUCCUGCCAAUGUUGGUGGACAACUAUGAGGAGCCCACCAAGAACAACAGUAAUGCUGCUUUCAGAAUUGCUGAGGCUAGUCGCUUCACAGGAGGACUGGAGCACCUGGCCAGCGUCAUGAUCAGUUACAGUCAGCGGACGUUCAAGAAGGAUUGCACGCAGUGGACCAAGUGUGUCAUCAAGUACCUCUUCGACGUCUACUCAAGCAUCAGUGAUGCUGUCAUUGCGUUUCUGGUCGAGGUUGUGCUGGACAAAGGACCGAACUGCACCCAGGGACCAGUUCUUCAAAUCUUGCUCUGCAUCGUCUUAUACGUUGAUAUCUCUGUGUCUCCAUCACCAUCCAUCAAUGCUGACCUGCUCAGAGUCGUUGCCAGAUUUAUUGAGAACCCACACCACUACAAGGAAGCCCAGCAGAUCAUCAAACAAUGCGUAUCUCGUUCAUCAUCUCUCACCGCAGUACCAUCCAACAACAACAUCAGCAACAUCAACAUCAGCAGCAGCAACAACAACAACAUGGUCAGUAACAGGAAUUCCAUGCUGAUUACGGAUCUUCCUCGGCGAACAAUGGAGUUCAGGUUCGAUUCCUCACAAAUCCAAAUUAUUGGCGCCAAAUACUGGGACCUGCAAAACAAUCAACAACAACAACACCACCACCACCAACAACAACAACAGCAAACAUUCAACACAUCAACUCAACAACAACAACGUCAUGACACAAACAACAGCUCGACCAAAUUGGGAGUUGGGGCAGUCAUGGAGACGGGGUCGAUGAGUACGGGGGCUUCAAGUGGAGAGGGAGGUGCUCUGAGCAGCUGGAAGAAACCGCUGGCAUCUCAGGUCGGAUUAUUAUCUAUCUGCUUAUUUCGCAUUUGA